AUGCUUUUUGUGCUGGUGAUAUUUCUCAAUAUUCUGAAAUCUGCGGAAGCUAAAAGCACCGCGACAUGUCCCUGUCCACCGGCACAGCAAUGCAAACCAGACUGUCUAAAUGUAACGGAUGAUCAGAACCACCGAUUACGAAGACGUGAAGCCGCCACUGAGGAUGCCGAUGAGUUCAUCGAUCAACGUAAAUGCAACAGUGACCAGCUGAAGGAAGUUAUGUUACAGGUCAGCUAA